AUGGAGGUAGACUCGGGCUCGGUCUACUCCAUCAUGGACUGGCAACAACUGAAGCGCCUGCAACCCAGCAUCACCAAGCAUGACCUGAAGCCAUUACACUCCAAGCUCGUCGACUUUGGGGGCAACCCCAUCGGAGUGUUAGGAAGAGCCAACAUCCGAGUCGCCUACAACGAGUUCAAAGGCAAGCUCCCCAUCACCGUUUGCUUACUAUGGGGAGACAGGGUGCUGAUCCCAAGCACUCUGCAACGGCGGACACUAGAAACGUUGCGUAAAGGGCACCCAGGCAUCGUCCGCAUGAAGGCCCUGGCACGGAGUUACGUCUGGUGGCCCGCACUGGACAAAGACAUUGAAGAAUGGGUCUCCAGAUGUGACCCGUGCCAGGAAGUUCGCCCAGCGCCGCCACAAGCCGAAACAGCGAAGUGGGAGACCCCCAGCAACCCCUGGUCGAGGAUACAUAUCGACUUCGCGGGCCCGAUGCAAGGGCGCCACCUUCUCAUCGUGGUAGAUGCCUUCUCCAAGUGGCUCGAGGUGGUACCCAUGGCAUCUACCACAACGGAAGCGACGAUCCGGGCCCUGCGCCGCCUUUUCGCCACCCAUGGCCUACCGGAUGUGCUGGUCUCCGACAACGGCCCCCAACUCACAUCCCUGGCCAUGGAGGCAUUCCUGGCAGGACUGGGCAUCCGCCAUGCCCUGUCCGCCCCGUACAGGCCAGCUGGGAACGGACAAGCGGAACGGAUGGUGAGGCUCACCAAGGAGGCACUCACCAAGAUGGGCACGGGCGACUGGCAGGAAAGAAUAGACAACUUCCUCCUCACCCAGCACAUCACGCCGCAUGCCACCACCCACAAGAGCCCGGCCGAACUGUUGAUGGGCAGAAGGUUGAGGUCACCAUUGGACCGGCUGCACCCACAAUACAGCCCACAAGACAUCCGCCGGGGAUUGGCUAAUCCACCGGCAGGAAAAAUGAACUGCUGUCACUGGCCGGCCAGCCUGCCGGAGCGCUAUAAAAGAGAGCUCCAGCAGCGCAGCCGGCAGUCUGUGCUUGAGUGA